GUCUGGCAUAGCCUCCCGGAUGACACUUUCCUAGGUAGAUUGUUCUUGCGAGACGAGGCAGCUUCGUGGCGGCCGACAUGAGAUCCUGGUAAGGUCUCUUCGUACGCAUCAGAUUUCCUACAAGUACCUCAUACAGUCGCCAUAAAGCUGGGCAUUCUUCCUACUAGUCAUCUACCAUCCAAUAUGGACCACAUGAGAAAUUCCCCGAUAGCCGUUAUUGGCUUCCAGUGCCGCUUUCCAGGUGGAUCCAUCUCGUCUGAGAAGCUUUGGGAAACGUUGGUGUCGGGUAGCAAUACCUGGUCCAAAGUACCGACAGAUCGGUUCAAUGAGGAAGCUUUCUUCCAUGAUGACCCUGAUGACACCAACGGCACCAACAACCAUCGGGGCGGGCACUUCUUGAAGGAAGACAUUCGCGAUUUUGACCAUGAUUUCUUCAAUAUAUCGGCGCAAGAAGCGGCGGCAAUGGAUCCGCAGCAACGGCUUUUGCUGGAAGUGGUGUACGAGGCGCUUGAGAGCGCAGGCCAACAACACAGGAUUCGGGGUUCCGCAACUUCGGUACACGUAGCGUUGUUCACCCGGGACUACGACCGUAAUUUGUACAAAGACACAUUAAACAUUCCACGUUACCAGGUCACUGGUACUGGAGACGCUAUUGCGUCAAACCGGAUAUCCUAUGUCUUUGACUGCACCGGGCCGUCAGUGACUCUGGACACGGGCUGCUCGGGCGGCUUAGUAGCGGUACAUCAGGCAUGCAACUCCUUAAGGCUAGGCGAGAGCGACAUGGCCAUUGCAGCAGCAGCAAACCUCAUCAUCGGCCCGGAUCAACAAAUUGGUCUGAGCAAUCUCCAUAUGCUCAGCGAGGAUGGCAGAUCCUAUCCGUUCGAUAGUCGUGGCUCUGGAUACGGAAGAGGAGAAGGCGUAGCUGCUCUCAUAUUAAAGCCUCUUCACAAGGCGAUAGCAGACAGAGAUCCAAUACGCGGUGUGAUCCUUGGUAGCGCGGUCAACCAGGACGGGCGUACUAUCGAGGGUAUCACUCACCCAAGCACUUCAGCACAGAUUACUCUUCAGAGGCGGCUGUAUCGCCAGCUGAAUCUCGAUCCUGCGAGCGUUUCGUACGUGGAAGCUCAUGGCACGGGCACAGCUGCAGGGGACAAAGUCGAAAUCGACGCCCUAGCAGAAGUGUUUUGUGCAGGGAAGAGGAGCAAUACCCUCCACGUGGGUUCUAUCAAGUCCAAUCUUGGUCAUUUGGAGUGCGCGAGCGGGCUAGCAGGACUGAUCAAGAGUUUACUCAUUCUGGAAAAUCGGUGCAUUCCACCCAAUGCCGACUUCAAGAGCGCAAAGGAGGCUCUGCGGCUCGAUGAGCGGAACAUCACAGUGCCUUCUUCUCUAAUCCCAUGGCCUGACCUCAAGACCGCCAGAGUCUCCAUAAACAGCUUUGGGUAUGGUGGUACAAAUGCACACGUCGUGGUCGAAAGCGCGCCCCAUGAAACUACAACAGUGCUUGCGUCUUCCGAGGAAGUUCCACGGCUUUUUGUUUUCUCAGCAAAGAGCGAAAUUUCUCUCAUCGGCGCGCUACGACGUUACCAGAGUUGGACAGCAGCGCAAGGAGCGGAUUUAUCCAUGUCGACCCUAUCCUACACACUCUCGACACGUCGUACACACCAUCCUUGGAGAAUUGGUUGCAUCGCAAAAAGCCGCCAAGAGCUUGUCGAUCAGCUUGCGCAAGCCGCACGCGCGUUCGUGCCGGCUGUGAGCUCGGACGAUGUUGCUCUGAACUUCGUCUUCACGGGCCAAGGAGCGUCUUGGCCUACUAUGGGUCGGGAGCUCCUGGUGGCAAACUCCGCCUCUGCUUUCGCGGAAUCCAUGCGUCGUUCCACUGAUGUAUUAUUUCAUCUUGGUGCCGGGUGGAACUUGGUCGAUGAGAUCCUCCGGGAAGCCGAUACUUCACGCCUGCACAUUGCUGAACUCGCUCAACCAGCGACUACAGCGAUACAAAUUGCUCUGGUAGAUCUUCUCAGGAGCAACGGGGUCAUCCCAGAUGCAGUGAUUGGACACUCAAGCGGAGAGAUCGCGGCAGCGUAUGCGGCAGGGUAUAUUUCGCAAGCCACUGCUCUCCGCGUCGCGUACUGUCGUGGUCUCGCAACCACCAAGCAAUCUUCGAAGGCAAGCUGCCGAGGUGCCAUGCUUGCAGUGGGUCUUGAUGAAGACGAUGUGUCCGUACACAUCCAGAGUCUCACCAAGGGUACCGUCUCAGUAGCGUGCGCCAACAGUUCCCAGAACACAACAGUGUCUGGAGACGAAGAGGCGAUCGAUGAGCUUGCCGCGGCGCUGACCGCAUUGGACGUUUUCAAUCGCAAACUACGCGUAGAUGCAGCCUACCAUUCGCAUCACAUGCGAGAUGUUGUUGAGGACUAUAAAAGCCUCAUGGGUUUGCUGGAGUCGGAGGUGCCGCUGACUGCACCCGCUUUCUUUUCGACAGUGGACGCCACGGAGAAAGACGGUGGGUUCAAUGCCGGGUACUGGUGUGACAAUCUGGUCUCGAAGGUGCGCUUCAAGGAAGGAAUCCGCAAGCUCUGCAAACGCCGAACAUCUGCGCGUCACGUGUUUGUUGAAAUCGGGCCGCACAACGCGCUAGCUGGCCCAACCCGACAAUGCAUCGCGGAACUAUCAGUGCCUAUCAAAUACGACUACACGUCACCUUUGCGAAGAGGCACAGAUGCUGUGCAAAGUGUUCUCGAGGUAGCCGGUUUGUUGUUUGAGCGCGGAAUCCUUUCCGACUUCUCCCUGCUGUCUGUCCUCGAUCCGGCGCAGAGACAUGCGAAUGUCAUACACAAUCUCCCGUCCUAUAGCUGGAAUCAUUCGAAGAAACACUGGCAUGAAUCCCGAAUAAGUAGGGACCAUCGCUUCCGCAGACAUGCUUACCAUGACCUUGUCGGCCUGAGGAGCUCAGAGGCCACAACCUUCGAGCCAAGAUGGAGAUACAUGAUAGGCCUAGCCAGUCUGCCUUGGCUGGCAGACCAUGUGGUUGACGGUGUCAUUGUCUUCCCUGGCUCAGGAUAUAUAUGCAUGGCUAUUGAAGCCAUCUCUCAGCUUGCCCAAGAGCAUCUCCCAAGUGGCCAGCGAUAUCAAGUCGUCCUGCGGGACAUUGAAUUUCUCAAGGCUAUAAUCGUCCCCAAUUCGCCUCAAAGAACCGAAGCGCAGCUCAGUUUCUCGCCUAUCUCUUCAGGAACUGAUAAAAAUAAGGAGCUUGCGUACCACUUUCGCGUCGCAGCUUACAAUCAAAGCUGCACUUGGGAUGAGCAUUGUCGAGGGUACGUGGAGGUCAGGACCAUUGAAGCCGAAAAGGGCUUGACGGCUCUCAAUGGAUAUUCCCAUGAGAAGACACUAGUACCGGAACAAUUAUACCAGCAACUGAGUGAUAACGGAAAUUCCUACGGACCGAUGUUCAACGGAAUUGAGCAUAUGUCUAUGGGGGACAUUCAUGCACUCGCUACCGUGGCUAUCCCUCACGUGGCUGAGGUCAUGCCCGCAAACCAUAUGCAGCCCCAUAUCAUCCACCCCACCACUCUGGACAUCAUUAUGCACACCAGUUUGCCGUUGGCUCUGCAAAAGUUCGGGUCCGGCUCCAUCAUGCCUAUUCAUAUCAAUGAGCUUGUUGUGUCUACUGGCAUCGACAGCGCCCCUGGAUCGAAGAUAUCCGUGCACACGAAGUUGGCUUCCGUUGAGGCCAGAACUGCUGAAGUGGGCAUCGAAGCAGUAAACGAUCGCGAUGGAAUAUCGAGCCUAUCAUUUUCUGGAGUCAAGCUGCGUUUCUUGCCUACCACUACACCAAUUCAGAAUCCCGAAAAAGCGGCCAGGAGUACCUGCUGGGAUGUAAUCUGGGACGUUGAUGAGAACAAUCUAUCCGCUGCCGACUUUAAGCCUGCUGCACUGGUAGACAAGUCAACACUAUCUUUGGACCAUAAGGUUCGGGCGAUGAAUCAAGCAACCGAGAAUUAUGUUCGAAUUUGUAUCGAUGCCGUUAAUCGCGGACAAUUGCAGGUCACCGAUGAGCAUCGCUUGCUCUUCGACUGGAUGCAACGCGAGUACCCUUCUAUCGAUAAUUUCCCGUCGAAAGUGGCCAGUAGCACGAUUUCCACUCCUGACUUUGAGGAAAUGAAGAUCGUCGCAAGGACAGGCGAAAAUCUCACAGAGAUAAUAUCUGGAUCAACUGAUGCUCUACAACUAGUGACCGAAGAUGGCUUACUAUACGGAUCGUACCAAGAUCACUCGUCCGUCCUUUGCUACGAUCUCUUGCGCCAGUACGUCAGGAAGCUGGCCUUCAAAAAGUCCAAACUGCGCAUCCUCGAGAUUGGGGGAGGCACAGGUGGAGCUACGCUGCCGUUCCUCGAAACCUUAAAAGCUUCUGGAUGCUUCGCCGCUACCUAUGAUUUUACCGACGUGUCCGCUAACUUCUUCGAUCGUGCGGCAGCUAAAUUCAAGGGGUAUCCAAUCAACUUUCGAAAACUUGAUAUCGAGCAAGACCCUGCCCAUCAAGGAUUUGAUUUACAAAGCUACGAUGUGGUCCUUGCUUUCAAUUGCCUACAUGUCACGUCAAGUAUCCGGACAACUUUACGGAACGCGCGCUCUUUGCUACGAACGGACGGUCGCUUGGUCCUCAUUGAGAUCGUGAACUCACAGCCCUACCAUCACAUCUCAUAUGGAACACUGCCCGGUUACUGGAAAGGCUCCGUCGACGACCGGCCAAAUGGGCCUUUCAUGCCUGUUGAGCAAUGGCGACAGGCAAUGCAUGAUACGAACUUGAACAUGCAGAUGUGUGUCAAGGACGAUGAGAAGGCACAUAUCUCCAGUCUGAUGGUUGCGCAACUCCAAGGCGAACUACCUAAUUCAGCUCAGAUACCCAUUCGCGUCAUUCCUGUGGCUGGAGCUCCGAAAGCUGUAGCAACCCUGUUGCAAGAGGGUCUCCAGAAUCGGGGAUAUUCUGUCUCAACCGGUCAAUUCGAAGAAGAAAUUGACGAGAGUGCCUCCAUCAAGUUUAUUGUCGACAACGGUGAUAGCCCUCUUUUAGCUGGCUUAACGCCUGAAACCUUCAAAACGCUAAAACACAUGCUCAACAAGCAGACAAAGGUCAUGUGGAUUACUGUUGGUACAACCGUGGGCAACACGACGGAUUCACGACGAAACCUCAUAACUGGGUUGGCAAGGAGUGCCCAGGCCGAGAACGAAAGUCUGAAGAUGGUGACUGUCGAUGUUCAACGUUUCCAGCCUGACCUAUCACCAGAACUGAGCCAUAAGUUGUACAACGUCUUGCAGCAAACAUUUUUCCAGUCGUGUGAGAGGCCGGAGCGCGAGUACAUCAUUCGAGACAACGCGGUCUUGAUUCCACGCCUGCUGCCUAGCGAUGCACUGAAUAACUGGAUGACGAGAUCUUCUCGAAUUGUUGAUCAGCUGCGCGAUGGACUUGACGUUAAUGCGUCCUUCAUCAUUGCUGGUGGUCUUGGUGAUCUUGGACAGAAAUUGCUCGGAUUUCUGGUACAACGUGGAGCCAAGCAUGUUGUUCUACUCUCGCGUCGUCCACCGAAAGAGCAAAAUGGAAAGCACGUAGUCCGAAUGCUGGAAGGCUGCGAGGUAUAUCACAUAAAAUGUGACAUAUCGCUAGAAGCGGACGUUGAGGCUCUGGCGGCGACGAUAGCCGCACGCCGACUCCCUACAGUGAGAGGUAUCAUCCAAUCUGCGCAUACGCUCCAGGACCGGAGCAUCGAUUCCAUGACCCUUGACGACUUCACAAUACCGCUCGCUCCCAAGUUGAAUGGAACCCUCAAUCUCCAGAAAGCCUUCGCCUCACCUGAUCUUGACUUCUUCAUUAUGCUCUCCUCGGCCGCCAACAUUGUCGGAACUCGCGGCCAAGCAAAUUACAACGCCGGAAAUGCCGUUCAAGAUGCACUUGCUCAAAACCAGUCUCUUACGCCAGGCAAGACGCACUACAUGUCCUUUAGUCCAAGUAUGGUUGAGGGAACAGGCGCUGUUCGGGACAUGGAGAUUCGCAAAGCACUGCAGCGAUCUGGUUUGGACGCGAUCAAAGAAGAAGACAUUAAUGCUAUCUUCGAUUACAUGCUUAGCCCGGCAGCGAGGAAAGACCGGAUCGCGCACAUAACCGCUGGCUUCGACGCUACUUCGAUUGCAGGAGCCACGACUGUGAACGGCAAUAUCAGGUCUCCGUUCUUCACACACGUGCAAGUGACCGAGUCUUCAAGCCCAGAAGUCUCCAAACUACCCGCCACUUCUCAGGUGGGGAAAGCCACCAUUUUUAACAUGGCCACAGCUAGUCCUGAAGAAGCCCUCACAUACACCACUGUUGCGGUCUCGAAGAAGCUUUCUGCUCUGGCGUACGUGGACGCCGAGACUAUGGAUCUGGAGAAGCCGAUCUCGGACUUUGGAUUGGACAGCCUGAUUGCAAUCGAGCUGCGCAAUUGGAUCAAGCGGGAGUUCAAAGCUUCACUGCAGAGCUUGGAGAUUCUCAACGAGCAGGGUGUCAAGAUGUUGGCGAAGAAAAUCCUUUCGCGUGCAGGUGGAGUGAAAGUAGGGGGCACAGCAACACCAUGA